AUGGCAUCCAACCGCAUCACCAAAGUCGCAAUUACAGGCGCUGGCGGAAACAUCGGCAGCGUGCUCACAGAAGGCCUCCUCAACAAUGGCAAACACACCAUCACGGCACUAACCCGCGCCGACAGCCAGAGCAAGCUGCCCGAUGGCGUAAUUGCCAAGAAAGUAGACUACAACGACAUCCCCUCCCUCGUCGAAGUCCUAAUCGGCCAAGAUGCGCUCAUCAUCACCCUGAACGGGUACACGUCCAAGGAAGUCGACAAGAACCUGAUCCACGCCGCCGCUGAGGCGGGAGUGAAGUGGAUUGUGCCGAAUGAGUGGGCGCCCGAUACGGCCAAUAAGGAGUUGGCAGCGGAUGUGUUUGUUUUCCAGCCUCAUGAGGGUAUUCGUCAGUUGAUUGUGGAUCUCGGAAAAAGUUCGUAUAUUGCUUUGGCAACGGGCUUCUGGUAUGAAUGGAGUCUGGCCAUUCCCGCGGCGUAUGGCCUGGAUUUCGCCAAUCGAUCCAUGACCUUCUUUGACGAGGGCGAGACAAAGAUGUCAACCUCGACAUGGCCACAGGUUGGCCGCGCCGUCGCCUCCCUCCUCAGUCUCCCUAUAGUCCCCGAACAACCAAACCCUAAAGCAAGUCUCGAGAACCUAAAGAACAAACUUCUCUACCUUUCUUCCUUCACAAUUAGCCAGAAGGAGAUGUUCGAGUCUGCGCUACGGGUGACAGGGACGAAGGAGUCGGACUGGACGAUCAGCAGGGAGUCCACUCAGGAACGGUAUGCAAAGGGACUUAAGGAGAUGCAUGAGGGGAGACUUGAGGGUUUCGCGAAGAUGCUUUAUACGCGUGUCUUUUAUCCUGACGGUUCGGGGGACUAUGAGAAUAGUAAGGGGACGGUUAAUGCUUUGCUGGGCUUGCCGAAGGAGGAUUUGGAUGCGGCGACCAAGGCUGCGGAGGUAAGGUCGAGGACGCAUCCCUUUGGUGCCUAA